AGAAAAUAGAUUAUGAGUAGCAUUACUCUAUCCAAAAAAAUCUGUCCCCACUAGCCUAUGACGUUUUCUCAAUGGAAACAAGACUAGAACAUCAAUGCAUAAUAACAACGGAAACGGCACAAAACCAAAACCUUUUUCUUAAUUUCCUCAAUGUCCUUAACUCGGUCAAAACUCAGUAUAUAAUGGCAUGCAAAGAGUACUCAUUUCACUCAAAUCCCAAGGCACAAAUCUACUACUACUCAGUUGCAAUGGAAUUUCCCAAGCUAUUUUUAACCCUUCUCAUCAUUGAAGCUCUCUUCAUCCCCCAAAUGCAAGUCCAAGCAGCACCCACAAACUCAAACCUCUUCAGGGAAUACAUAGGAGCUGAGUUCAACAAUGUCAAAUUUACAGAUGUUCCUAUAAACCCUGGUGUUGAAUUCCACUUCCUUCUCUCCUUUGCUAUUGACUAUGACACAUCAGCUUCCCCCUCUCCUACCAAUGGGAAAUUCAACAUUUUCUGGGACUCUCAGAAUCUUAGCCCCUCCCAGGUUUCAUCCAUCAAGAGUGCCCAUUCAAAUGUCAAGGUUGGCUUGAGCUUAGGAGGAGAUAGUGUAGCCAAUGGCUUUGCUUUCUUCAGCCCCUCUUCAGUAGAUUCCUGGGUGUCUAAUGCUGUUUCAUCACUCACAACGAUCAUAAAGCAGUAUCAUUUGGAUGGAAUUGACAUUGACUAUGAACACUUCAAAGGUGAUCCCGAUACCUUUGCAGAGUGCAUCGGGCAGCUUAUAUCGACUCUGAAGAGGAAUAAGGUAAUCUCAUUUGCUUCUAUAGCUCCAUUCGAUGACGAUCAAGUUCAGAAACAUUACUUGGCACUCUGGAAUAAGUAUGGGAACCAAAUAGACUAUGUCAACUUCCAGUUUUAUGCAUAUGAUAAGGGAACCACUGUGUCUCAAUUUAUGGACUAUUUCCACACCCAAAGCUCCAAAUACAAGGGUGGUAAGGUGUUGGCAAGCUUUAUUAGUGAUGGAAGCGGAGGGUUAUCCCCACAAAAUGGGUUCUUUACUGCCUGCAAUAGGCUCAGGAGUCAGCAGCAACUUCAUGGUAUCUUUAUCUGGUCUGCAGAUGACUCCAAGGCAAACGGUUUCCGCUUUGAGAAGCAAUCACAAGCACUUUUGGCAUCUCCCCAGUAGUAUUAUCAUCGAAUUAUUGUGUAAAAUGAAGAAAUAUUGCGUGUGAAUUAGAUAAGUGUUGCUUGUACCACUAUACUAGUACUGUUAUUUGUCUGGUACAUGCAUAUUUGCUGCCUAGCUAUUAUGUAUACGAGUGCUUUUUCAUUUGAGUUUUA